AUGAUAAUGGCAGGUGUCAAUCCUUUAACUAUUCCCAGAACUUUAACAUGCCUGCCAAUCACAUGGUAUUUGAACAAUCCUACUUGUUUACAUAUUUUUCCUAAUUGUGCUGAAUUAGCUGAUAAAGCUGAAGCAUUACAAAAAGAGGAAGCUGCAAAACAGGUUUGA